AUGUGUUAUUCAAAGGCACAAGAAAUAAUAGAUGGAAUUCAGUCAUCUGAUUGUAAAAUACGACUAAAAUAUGUAAAAGAGUUAAAAUUAUUAUGUGAAAUUAUUGGUAAUGAGAAAACAAAGGAUGAACUAAUUGAAUUUUUAUAUAAUAUAAUAGAAGACGAUUCUGAUGUUCUAAUUGAAUUAUCAAAUCACUUAAUUUUUUUAACUAAUUUUAUAAAUGAUGUUAACAACUGUGAUUUUUUAUGUGAUUUAAUAUUAAAUUUUUUAGUAAGGUAUGAAAAAGAAAUAAAUAUAAAUGGUUAUAAUGCAUUUAAAAUUUACAUACAAAAAUGUGAUAGUAGCACUUUGAUAAAUGUGAUUUAUCCCAAAAUAAUAAAAUUAGCCAAGAAUGAAAGUGAUAAUUAUCGUAUUGGAGUUAGUAAAAUAAUACCAUUAAUAAUAGAAAGAUGCAUAUAUGAAAAUCAAUUCAAGUAUAUUAAAAUAUGUACUUACUUAUUUAUAGAAUUAUGUCAAGAUCAAUGUAUAUUAGUAAAAAAAUCAUGUUGUGAUAAAUUUUGUGAUUUUUUAAAAACUUUGAAAUUAUACAAGUAUAAAUUAAAUAAUUAUAGCAAUUCUCUAAAGAAUGAAGAACAAAUAAAAGCAAAUAAUGAAGAAAUUAGAGAUAAUAAUGAUACUUAUCAAGCUAAUAAAGAUAAUAUAAAAAGAGAUUUUUUGAGACUUAUGAAAAAUAAUAGAAGCGUACAAGAAAAACAAGAAAAGAGAGAAAAAAAGGAAGAUGACAAUAAAAAGGAGACGGAGAAAAAAAAAUUUGAAAAAAGAGAAGAAAAUGAUAUAGAAAAAGAAAAAGAUGACGAAGAAAAAAUAUUACUUAUAGAAAAAUUAUGGGAAAAAUCAAAAAAAAUAUAUUCAAAUUUUUUCUAUUCUAUUAAUGGAUUAGAUGAAGUUCAAAUAAGUGCAGUAACGAUAUUAAGUGAAGUUUUAAAUAAUGAUAUAAAUUUUGUAAACAAUUUGGAAAAUGUUUUAACUAGUAUAUGUAGUGACGAUAGUUGGAGAGUAAGAGCAAUUUUAGCAAAUAAUAUUCAUGAAAUUUUAAAAAUACUAAAAAAUAGUGAUUUAUCUAUGAUAGUAUUAUUACUUUUAAAGGAUUUAGAUAGUAAUGUGCGUAGUAUCAUUUUAAAUAAUUUAGAUAAAAUAUUAAUGUGUUCAAAAAUUACAGUAAAUAUAAUUGAUGAGGUAUUCGAUGAUUUAAAAAGAGAUAUUGAUAGUAAUAAUUUGCAUUUAAAAAUAUCAUUAUGUAAAUUAUUAUGCUCAUUACCAGAUAUUUUAGAUAAAAAUGGAUCUAUUGAAUAUAUAUUACCUCUAUUUCUACUUUUUAUUAGAAUAGAAGAAACCAAUUUAAAAUCUGAAUUGUUCAUAUGUUUACAUAAAAUAUCGAAACUUAUAUCUUAUUUUGAUAUGAAGCAAAUAAUAAUUCCAUUAUGCCAUGAAAUUGUGAAAAACAAAAAUUGGAGAUUAAAAUAUUCUUUGUUUCAUUAUUUAAAAUUUUUUGAUCAUUUUUUCUUUUUCCAAAAUAAAGAAAAUAUAACUUCUAAUUAUAAAGAUUUCUGGUAUUUUAUAGAUACAGGUGCUAAAGAUUUAGUUUAUUCUAUCAGGAUUUCAGUGGUUGAAACCUUAGAAUUUUUGAUAAAAAAUAAAACUUUUAAUUUUUUUGAAAAUGGAAUAACUUAUUUAUUAAAUGAUUUAAAACAAUCUAGUAAUUAUAUAUUGAGAAUUACUUGCUUACAAUAUAUAUCAAAAUUAAUUAUAUAUUUUCCUUUAAAAUAUAUAGAAAAUAAUAUUCUAAAUAUUAUUAGUGAAUUGAGUAAAGACAAAAUAAGCAAUAUUAGAUAUAAUAUAGUUAAAACGAUUUAUUAUGUUAACAAGUAUAUUAAGUAUGUUUUGUGUAUCAUAAAAAAUAAUAAGUAUGAUGAAUUGACUAAUAAUAUUACAGGAAUGGUUAAUAAAAAAAAUAAAGAAAACCAAGAAAGUUUUAAUUCAAAUGAAGAUAAUUCUCAAUAUUUUCAUAAUUUAGAAAAAAAAUCAAAAUUAUUAACCAAUCUUAUGAAUGGCAAUGAUUCAUUUCUAAUUAAUUCGUCUUCAACUUCCUCAAUUUCUUUUUAUGACAACAUGAAAAAUACAGAAACAAACCAAAAAAGUUGUGAAUUUAUUCUAAAAUUUUUAUCAGACACGAUAAAUUUUUUAAGUACUGAUAGCGAUUGUGACGUAUCAAAAGCUUCUAUUUCUUUAAAAAAUAAUGAUUUCUUUUUUUAUGUGAAUUCUUUAAAUUCUUUUAAUAUUGUAUGUAAACCAAUUAAAUGA